UAUACUGUUUUGGUUCUUUCUUUUUCUGUCUAUCGGCUUCCCACUAAUUCCACACGGUUUUACAAAGGUCGAGUACGAGAACGUUUCGCGUGCCUUAGGGGAGAAUUAGCCACAAAUUGAGAAAUGCAGGUACUACCAACAAAUCUAAAAAUAAUCAAAAGAAAAAGAGAAAGAUAACUGCAUUCGCGCUGUUUUUUUUUUUUCUAAGAUUAUUUUUCUCCUUUCACCUCGUAAUUAGCCUCCCCUGCGAUACUCGUCGCCCGACGCCUCAGCCCCGAUUACGUCAUGCACAACCCACUGUUUCACCGAGCGAGACGCCGGACCGCGGGUCCCCUGGGGCGCGAGUACGCGUGGGAGCGCCGCUGUUUGCGAUUCUCGUUGUCGUCAUCUCAUUGGUUUCUCUCUCCUCGAUUUGCUCGCUUCUCUGUCUGAUCGCACGUGCAGCUUUGUGGCUCCAUGCGCCGCCCACGAUUCACAUGCAGCUUCUCUGCAGGGCCCGUGGCGUCCUCACCGCGGUCCGUCGUACGCCCCAUACACGUGCGUGUGCGGGUCCUUCUCCUUUCGGUCUCCGGGCGCGUCACGUUGCGCCAAAUGUGACGCUCCGCGGCAAAGCGCCACGGGUAUCUGGCCCACAGAAGCCCCGCGAGAACGACGCUGUCCCACGGCGCGCAGACAACGUGCGCGCGAAUCCGACCACGCGUCUCCUCCAUCCGUGUCAACCGCACGCGCCUUCUCCCUCGAAGGAGACGGCGCGAACCGUGAGCUGUCACGCCGAGCUGUUCCUCGACCUUCUCCUUCCCGCCUCGGUCACGUUGGCCAUCCAUGGCUUCUGGGCUGGCAUAAAAGUCACCCCGACGGAUCCGAAAGUCGCAGUCGGUGUGUGCAGUCCCACAAACACGAGAUCUCUGCACAAGCAGCGAGCAUUCCCUGGAGUUACGGCGGUGACGGUACGCGGCUAGCCAAGUUCCCGGCGCGACACCUCAGGAUUUGGAUAUCCACCGAGCGGCUCCUCGUCGACCUCGGAGAAACUCGUCGGUAGACAUGAGUCCUGUGGCUCGCGCCCGCUCGGCCUAUUUACUCUUGGUCAUCCUUGUGGCCGCUGGCGCCGAGAGGAGCUUCGACUAUGACGUGGAUGACCUGGACCAGGUGGAGUCGUUCAUCUGGGACGCCAGCGACGCUCCGCACAUGGGUCCCUCUAGGCCCGCCCAGCACAACCCGCCGCCCGCCGAAAACCUCGUCGGUACCGACCCCAACCUGCACCGGCAGAUCUCUGAAAUUGUGCGCCAGAUCAUCGCCGAGUACUCCCAUCGGAACCAGCUCCCGGCUGGUAUAUGGGUCGGCGGGAAACACAUGGGUCCUGGUAUGCAUCAUAUGCCGUAUCCGCCCCAGAACCCAUGCUUCCCUCCCAUCGGACUGCAGAUCCCAAUAAUUCCCUGGAAGAUGGACAAUAUCACACCACGCGGUGCUACGAACAACAACAAUAACAACCUUAAUAACAAUAAUGGAAACAACCAAAACAACAACCACGAUAACAACAAUAACAACGGGAACAGUGUCGCCGGUAAGAACAAUAAUAACGACAAGCCACAACCAGGCUCGCUGCCGCCGCUGCCUCCCUACCAGAAGCCAGCCUGGAGGCCAGCGGUCCCCGUGUUCCCGAUUCCCUCGCAGCCCCAGCAGCCCCACAACCACCAAGCGCCUCUGAAGAACCCACAGUCCCAGCCUGCCGUCAAGACCUCGUUCAGCAUCUCCACAUCGCACCCAGUGCCGCUUCCCAAGCGAGACCUUCACACGCCUCUGGUUCCGUGGCGGUCGGCCGCUCCAGCACCAGCGGACCAGCAGUCCACCGGACCGCAGACCAUGCCACUCCCAAUUCGCCCUCCUAAGCUGGCUUCCCACUUUCGCUUCGCUCAGCCGCCGAGACCCAGCGGACGCGGCCACGGCAGCCGCAGGGGACAACACCUGCUGCCGCAGAAGAUCGGCGUCUCGUCGCUGCCUAAGAACCUGCCGGCCGACGACGUCUACUACGCCAGCCAGAGCAGCAAGCUCCCCAGGAAAGUGGUCAAGCAGGCCGUGUUCGAACCCAAGCGCAAGCAGCAGGUCGGCGAGACGAUCACGCUGGUCGAGCAGGGCAAGAACGGCGAGUGGUUCAAACUUCCGGUGAACAAGGUAUCUACGGGUCUCGGACGCCGCAACUACGAGGUGGUGGAGCUGCACAAGGAAGAGGACGUCAGAAAGGUCGGCCAGGGCUUGGGAAACGGCGAAGAGAGCAUUCACUACAUCCACAUCCAGGAGAGAUAACUCGUUGCAUGUCUAAGGGCGCCGUUGAUCGGCGACCGGCGUAGCAUGUUCGCACACUGUCUCAACCCGUCGGCCUGCGCUCCUUAUGGACUCGAAAUAUGCUGGACAUUCACUGUACUGUGCCUGACAUCUCAUUCCUUCGCUGUAAAUACCAAGCUCACAUUUUUUUAGCCCCCGGGUCUCUGGAACAUGCACACCGACUGACGCUGUUAAUAAAGCCACUUCGACGAUGCAAAUACGUUCGUAGCAAAAUCAAUGAAGUUGUACGAUGCGUUCGAGUCGUCGACGCGUGGUAGUUGCCUCGUAGCCACCGUGUGUGGCGACGAGGAAAUCAGGAAAUAAAAUUUGUACAACA